CGAUCCCAGCCCAAACAACAACUGGCAGCCAACCCAAGCGAUCCGGCGACGUCGGCAUAAAUCACUAGGAACUUGUUAAUUGUGCGCCUAUUUAUUAGAUGCAUUUGGUUUUUCGGGAAAAUUGAGGUGGUAGUUGCAAUUUGGUGGCAGAUAGUACAACAUCAUGUCCCCCAAAACAAUCGCAGUGUUGGUUUUGGUUCUCUGGAUUAAUUCUUUUGAGCUGACAGCUGUGCUGGGUGGCGGAUACCAGCUCAAUCUAACACAUCCUGAUGGAUCGGCCACUCGAAGGGAAUCGGUGGUAGUUGACCCUGAGGGAAAUGCACAGGUUGAUGGCGAAAUCCGUCAGAUUUUUUCAGGGCCUCAUGAGGGUUCGUUGGUUAUUCUUUAUAAAACUGGACCCGAGGGAUACAGGAUACGAUAUACCUAUGCGGCAGGCGCUGAGAACUCCUUAACGUCCUCUAAAAAUGAAACAUUUUCAAUAAAAAGACUUGGACCGAAUGCUCUAAAGUCAUCUGUUGGUUGAACGAAAUUCAAUUGUUAAAAUAAGCAAUAAAUUAAAGGAGUAAUUAGAGAAA